CCUGCCGGUGUCCCGGUCCCGUCCUUCAGGAUGCCCCGGGUCACCCGCGGGUGGCACCGGGACUGGGCUGUGACCCGGAGCCGCGGGGUCACGGCGCCCCUGGGGCAGCGGGGGACAGCGGGUGGGACAUCGUCCAUCCGUGGGUGCCCACCCGCCGUGUCCCCCCGGCAGGCAGAGGAGGUGCAGCAGCAGAUCAUCCGAGACACCUUCCACCUGGUGCUGAAGCGCGAUGACCACAUCUGCAAUUUCCUGGAGUGCGGCAGCCUGUUUGGCGGCUCGGAUUACAAGCUGAUUUACCGGCACUACGCCACGCUGUACUUCGUGUUCUGCGUGGACUCCUCGGAGAGUGAGCUGGGCAUCCUGGACCUCAUCCAGGUGUUUGUGGAGACGCUGGACAAGUGCUUUGAGAAUGUCUGUGAGCUGGACCUCAUCUUCCACAUGGACAAGGUCCACCACAUCCUGCAGGAGAUGGUGAUCGGCGGGAUGGUGCUGGAGACCAACAUGAACGAGAUCGUGGCGCAGGUGGAGGCCCAGGGCAAGCUGGAGAAGGCAGAGGGAGGCCUCUCAGCUGCUCCUUCCCGCGCUGUGUCGGCCGUGAAGAACAUCAACCUGCCCGAGAUCCCCCGCAACAUCAACAUCGGGGACAUCAACAUCAAAGUGCCCAACCUGUCACAGUUCAUGUGAGCUGGGGGCUGCCUGCUGGCAGAGCUGGGCUCCCUGGCUCGCAGGGGCACGCAGGGCCGGUGGUGGCCGAGGGCAGGGAGCAGUGGCAGGGCUCGGAGUGGGGCUGGGGGUCCCUCCCGCUGGAGCUGGGCUCAGUUCUGCUCUCUGCUCCCCCAGCAAGGAGGGUGCCCUUCCUUCCCCCGUCCCUGUGGGCGUGCAGCCUCUCCUUGCUGUGGGGAGGAGUUGGCUCCUGCCUCUCCUGGGAUUCCUGGGGUUCCCAGUGGUGAGAGUGUGCCAGUGGUGCUGGCUCUGCCACCCUCCCAGCCACAGCUGUCCCCUGCCCUGGCCCUGCUCUCUGUGAUGGGCCCCAGCUGGGUGGGGGUCACUCGAGGGAGCUGCUGUGUGCUCUGGGGACAGUGUGGGGCAAGGCUGGAGCGGGGCUGUGGCAGCAGGAGAGCUGAGUGACCUGGGGGACGGGCAGGGGUAGCUGGCAGGGUCAGGCCCUGUCCCUGGGGCUGCUGGAGUGUGUCCCUGUGUCCCAAUAAACUGCCCUUGAACCCGU